GGGCUUGCUCCUCACCCACCGCGGGUCGACCCGGUAUCGCACCUACCUCCGGGAACGGCCCAUUCAUCCUUCGGGAUGAAAUAUAG